AUGUCCAUAUAUUGUUGCGAGUGUCCGGUCCAGUUGGAAAGCACCGUGGACAAACAUGCUCGGGCUCCGAAAGGGAUGGAUCGUUCCAGCGACCGUGACCCGAGGCAGGUUCCCAGGACAAACCCAUUGUUUCCCCCACCCCGACAGCGAGAAGAUGAGGAACAGGAGUCACACCGACGACGGCAGUCUCUCCAUGGACGGCCCGCGGCACAACAGCAACGACAACAACAACAACAACAGAUACCACUCCAUCGUCGCAGCAGCUCGGUGCGAUCUAACCUCGAAGUUGCUCCACUGGGGACUCCCGGGGCGCACGAGUUGUCGACCUCGCCCUUUCCUCUGCCUGGAAACAGCUUCGUCCAACGUGCGAUCCAAUACUAUGUCAAGCAGUACUCUCCGACGACGGUUCAGCGUCCUCAUUUUGUGGGCGUUGGCCCGGAUCUGACCCUGUUGCGUGAUUACAUUCCCUUCAUCAUGAACGAUCGUAUGACCUUCUCGGCAGUGGUUGCCAUGGCCUCCUUCGGUGCCAACAUAGCCGCCACUGGUAGUCGCGAGGCUCCCUCGGAAUCUCUGAGGUUCUAUCAGUCGGCUGUUUCAUUGGUCCGCGGGAGGUUGGCCAAUGAGUCGCAGCAGGCCAGUGAUGCCCUCAUCGUGACCCUAGCCAACCUGUGCGCGUUUGAGGCCUUGUCGGGAAACUAUGAGGCGGUUGACAUGCAUACACUGGGUAUCAAGCAAGUGGUCAGUCUUCGUGGUGGCGUGAGCCAAUUAGGUUUCGAGGGAUUUCUGAAGACCGUGGCGACUGCGUGGCAGAACUUUUAUGCAGCUCGACACUCUGUCUCCCUGACCGAUCCGCGCUUCUUUCCUGAGGAUGGCAUCUUCACCUACCCCGAACAUCCCUUCGACCCCGAGUUGUGUGAUGUGAUUUCCCGGUUUCCCUCUGGACUGACCGACAUCGCCUUGUCGGGCAUGCUGAGUCAUCAGAUCAUCAACCUGGUCGCCCAUGUCAACAGCUGGGUCCAGGAGGUGAAUGUCUCUCUCAAAGAUUCGGACGUAUACAGCCUGCAUGAUUUGUCCCAGAGUUCUCGCAACGUCACCCUGUGCGGCGAGUUCCUGCACAAGCGAGGAUUGACCAUGGCCGAGCAGCUCCUCGUUCUGGCACUGACCGCCUUCUGCUAUUCCACCGACUCGACACGCGCCAUGUUUUACCUGACCAAUGCUUUCCUCCAGCUUCGUUGCAAGCACAUGCGGACGCAGUAUAUUGAGGUGACGGAGAGAAACGAGGCAUUUAUCACAUGGGUGUCGACCAUGCUGCUUGCCACGUUCGAACCAUCAGCGCAGCCUUGGUUUUUGGGCCUGUCAAUCCUGCGAGCGCGACCGACCCUGCGAGACUGGCAGGCCAACGUCAGGAUUUCCGAGAACUUUUUCUGGAACGAUGGUCUCUCGCUGAGAACUUGA